UAAUGGAGAACAUGAACAAUGGCAGCAUCAUCACCACGAAAACUCUCAAGUUCCGAGUCCAAAACGGCGAGGUCCUCUAUGGGGUAUCUCUCCUCAGCUUCUCCCCGACAGUCGCAGAGAUCUUAGGCUACGUCGGUUACGACUUUGUCCUCAUCGAUAUGGAGCACGGCCCCGGCGGAAUCUCAGAUGCCCUCCCCUGUAUCCACGCACUCGCCGCCACCCAAACUCCCGCCAUCUUCCGCGUUCCCGAGAACUCCCCCGUUUGGGUCAGGAAGGCCAUCGACCUCGGCGCACAGGGUAUCAUUUUCCCCAUGAUUGAUGACCCUGAAUCAGCCACAAAGGCGGUGUCGUAUUGCCGAUAUCCACCGGCCGGAGUUCGAGUGGCCGGAUCCAUCGCCAGAGCGUCGAGAUACGGGCUCGAUCCGAAUUACCCGGACCAAUCCGAUAAGGAGUUGCUGAUUAUUUGUCAGAUAGAAUCAGAGGCGGGCGUCAAGAACGUGAAAGACAUUGCGAGCGUGGACGGUGUGGACAUGAUAAUGGUGGGCCCGCUUGACCUGAGCGCCAGCAUAGGUUGCUUGACGAACCCCAAGAAUGAGAGGGUGAAGAAGAUGAUCGACGAAGUGGAAAAGACAGUUUUAGGCCUUGAAGGCAAAGACGGAGUUGGGCCUUUCUUGGGGAGGUUUGGAGCCGCAGGUGAUGGACGUGAACAAUAUCAGAAUCGUGGGUAUCGCUUGAUCCGUGUUAAUGUGGAUGUAAUCCUCUUCAAAAACGCCUGCCUUGAGGACAUCAAGAAGUUCAAGUCAGCAAAAUGAAUGGAUAUCAAUUUGGAUCUUCCUGUAGGUUGUAACAGUAGAGAAAUAAAUUAACUUGAUGUUUCUGCAAAAUUGUAGUUGUAUCUGUUGUGUCAAACAAUAACAAGCUGAUUUAUUUCGUAGCUGCUCAUGUGUUUGUACUUUGAAAGUCUAAAUCUUAUCGUCAAAAUUGAAAUUCCUUCCGUUUAAUAUUACAGUACUCACAUCAGUUACCAGGUUUCUGUUGCUCCGUAAGAUCCUCUAAUAAGUAACAAAUUACAAUGCAACUCUGAAGCAUUUUUCUCACGAAUUCAAACCACAUAAGCUAACAUCUCAGAUAAGUAAUAUUUACUGCACUGGUCAAGUACUUCCCGUUUACAACGGCAAAAUUCAACAGAAGAGUCAUCAUCCUUCGAAAUCAGAAGCUAAUGGUCUUCCUUCAGGUCAACAGAAGGUUCUGAAGCGGAGUGUUGAUUGAGAUUUUCAGCAUUAGAGGAGUUUUGCUUCACCUUCGCCAUUCUUUUUGCUUUCCUUCGCUGAUUUACUUUCUUCGAGGUUUGAGGGC